AUGGGUAGUUUUUCUAUCCCUUGUGCUAUUAAGAAUCUUGAAAUUAGCAAUGCUUUGUGUGAUUUGGCUGCUAGUGUUAGUUUAAUGCGUUAUUCGGUGUUUACUAAGAUUGAGGUUGGUGAUUUAAUCCCUACCAACAUUACAUUGUCACUUGCCGACCGCUUGGUCAAAUAUCCUUUUGGCAAAGUUGAGGAUGUGCCAUUGAGAGUUGGGAAAUUUAUGAUCCCCGUCGACUUUGUUGUGUUAGAUAUUGAUGAGGAUGUUCACGUCCCAAUUAUUCUUGGUAGGCCAUUAUUGGCCACGGUGGGGUCCAUUAUUGAUGUGAAAAAUGGGAAAAUCACUUUUAAGGUGGGGAUGGACAUCCAUGACAUGUAUGAGCAUUUGCUCACUAUUAACGUUCCUCUUGAGCUUGCUAUUUUGAAUGGAGAAGGUUUAGCAGAUGUAGCGAUUUAG